AUGUGCAAGGUAUUCCCAACGACGUUAUUAGGCCCAGCAAGAGCAUGGUUUAAUAACCUGGAGGCUGGGAGCAUCAACAGUUUCGGAGACUUGGCCACUCGCUUUAUCAGCCGCUUCAUUGCUGGUGUUCCUGCCGAUAGGAAAACGAGCUACUUGGAAACAAUCAGGUUUGCUAGGGGAUUGACGGAUAAAGGAAAAGCACCGGAGGAAAAGAGGCUAGAGAAACACGAGAGAAAGCACGGUAGAAGGCCUGAGCCCUAUAAACAGCCUUGGGAGCGCAGAGAUCAAAGACCCCUCCCUUCUCAGGAUCCAGUACAAAGAUCACGGCCCUCCUGGGUCCCGGAGAAGCCGACCCCGCUCAAUGCCUCAAGGGCCGAGGUACUUAUAGCCGUACAAGAUAAGGAGUUCUUACAGUGGCCCAGGCCCCUAAGAGCUGAGGCAGACCAACGAAAUCCUGACAAGUACUGUCAGUACCAUCGCACUCACGGCCACGAUACCAAUAACUGUUUUCAGUUGAUUGCCGAGAUCGAGAGGUUAAUAAAGAGGGGUCACCUCAAGAACUUCGUGAAGAAGCCGGAAGGGCAGAGGCCUCCGCCAACUCCGACAGUCCAUACGCCGCGAAGAGCGGGAGCCAACCCCGCAAAUGAUGGGUCCAGCGGAACCAUCCAUAUGAUUGUAGGAGGCACGGGGGGUCGGAUGAGCCGACGGGGAAAAAAGAGGAGCAGAGAAGAAGGAAACAGUAACGCCGAGGUCAUGCAAGUCGUUGAACACUCUUCAACAACCAUCUCUUUCUCUUCGGAAGACGCUCGGGACAUUCAGAUGCCCCAUGAUGAUGCCCUCGUCAUCGAGGCCAUCAUCCACAACUAUAAGGUAUAG